AACUGAUCGCUUUUUCAAGACUAGUUGUCAAUUCAUACAUCUACACCUUGUUGGCUCUCUGUCCAGAGAGCAUUAGAACACUUCUUGCUCACCUUACUUGCCAAUCCAGCCUUUCUAUAUCCUUGUCGAACACCACCACACCGAAAAUAUGCCCCGUGGAAUCACCUGGAACCAAGAAGCUCAUUUUCAACUUCUCUUGGCCCUUAUUGGUUCUGGUCAGGAUAAGAACUGGAACAAGGAUAUCAAUAGCAUCAUCGCAGCAUGGCCAACUUAUCUAGGUCGAGCUCCGAGUGCCUCAGCACUAAACCAACAAAUCACUGCGCUUCGAAAGCAGGUUCGGAACAACAGUAGCAAAAAUUCUUCCUCUUUUAGCUCUGCCACGACACACGCCUCUCGUAAAACCUCUAAGUGCUUGUCAGCUCCAUCAGCGAAGCGACUGGCGUUUGGAAAGGACGGUCAGGAGCCUCACCACGUCAACCUGAUUGACGAUGACGACGAUGACACUUACGUCAAGCUCGAGAAACGUGAGCCUCAUGGAACACCAAAACUUUCUGCUCACUGUCAUUCCUUUACAGAAUUGAAACCGGAUAGAUUCUUUGGUAAGAGCAGUAGAGGCCUUCCACGUGCGACUCUGUCGCCUUCUUCGGGCUUGCUAGAGACGUUGCACAAGCGCAGCCACGAGAUGAUCAAGGAUGAGAACGAAGAGAAUACCAAUCUAACCACUACGAGCGUCAACGCGUAUGUCAAUAUCAGAGGUGAGGACACAGAUCUCGCCAUGCACUUAGCCACGAAAGGUCAUGACGAAAUCUUUAAAGAAACAGCAACACUACCUCGCACGCUUGGACUCUUAAACAACGAUGGUACGAGCGCGCCGAACAAUAGCAGUAUCGAUACGCGUGCGCUCGAAAGCAAGGGCUCUACUUUCUACUACAUAAGCAGCGAAAACGAAGAUUAGGUCUUGGUGAAGAUAAUGGCUAUGUGGAAUUAACACGAAUACGUGUAUGAGUGAUGCGAAAACCCCACAUCGUGAAGCGUGCACGAUUCAUGACGGACUUGAUGAACACAAGAAACCACCCAGCCGUUUUCUUAACGCAUGGUGUGAAAUCAUGGACGCGUUGAACCGAGGUGAAGGAGAUAUGAAGUUUCUUGGAAUGAG